CGAGUUUUCAGAUUGUGCCUGGCAUGAAUGCUGUCACCAUCCCAGCCGAAGCCCAGAAGCGGAUGGAGGGAGUGGAGCAAGGUGUUGCAAUCCUGACCCUCAAUGCCUUUGCCAGUGCCAAGCACACACAAAUGCCACCCGUUUGCCUGGAGCUGGUGAAUUGGGCUUCGCGUGCUGGUCACUACCUGAUCACCCUGCUUCCAGGAGGAGCCGAUGUUCAUCCCUGGGAGAAAGAGUUUCUUCAGGCUCUUGAGAUGGUGGAGGCCAAGAAGAGGUUCUACCUCACCGAUGACCACGAGGUGCUGCAAGGCAUUGCAGUGAAUUUCCCAAUGAACAGUGCUGUGCCAGCGCUCCUGAAGGUGAACAUGGGCGCAGGUCCCACAUUGAUGUCUGAAAGCAGGCAUGAUCUGAGUAUUGGCCGCUCCUUUGACUCUUCGGUGUGGACUGCGUUGUUCAAGAUGCUCUUCCCCAAUGGCUUGGAGAAGGAUUGCCACUUUUUGGAGUGCCCGUGCAGCACUUCAAGCCUCCUGCUCUUCCUUUUGAAGGAAGCUCCAUGGGCACAAAAGGUGGUCUACACCGGACUGGUGGAACGUGGUCCUGCAAGAUUUUCAGCACUUGAGCGGCUAGUGAAUGACCAUUUCAGGAAAGCCACGACCAAGGAAUCGGAGCCUCUGGGCAAUGUGGAGCUUGAGGAGCUGAAUGAGAGAGCAAAGAUUGGCCAAAAGGAGUUCUUGGAGAAGGAAAGGCCAUUCAAGCCAAGGGCGAAGCCAACUUGGAGCAUGGGCAUGAUCAUGGACCCCCAGUCGCCGUACCCAGAGCAUGCUUCGUUGCGCAAGGCUAUGCACCGUGGCAAUGCAAAGCAGGAGGUGGACAGCCACCUCCCACCAGCCCUGCACUGGCUUAUGCAGUCUGUUGAAUUCAAUGUUCUGCAGAUCCCAUCACUGCUGAACAGUGGCUUUGGGUUG